GAAGUGUAUAAUCAUCAAUGUUGUGUGGUGAGCAGACGCUAAGCUGUUAGUAUCUGUCCAUUGAAGACAUUAUGGACAGAACCUCCAGACACCAAGAUCGUUCUGAUGAUGACAAUCAUAUUGCUAUGACGAAAACCACGUACUGGGAAAUAUAUGGUGUAAAACGUUUUACGUAUCGUGGACAGCGUAAAUAUACACCAUCACUUUACCAAUCUUUCGAUGGAGGAGUGAUUAUCCGGAAUGACGUUUUUGGACUAACAAUCAGACAGUUUGAACGAGAGUUUAAAGCUUGUUUAGAAAGACGGAAAACAAGAGAACAGUGGAUAUUAAACCUUAGGUUUCCCGACAAAUCGUCCAAGGAAUAUCUGGAAUACUUGGAGAACUGCACAGAUAAAAAUAAAGGUCACUUGCAUUGGUUCGAAAAUCACCAGAGAGAACAAAACUUGUAUGAACACCUAGUAAAAACAGUAGGUACUGAAAUAGAAAUACGAACAAGACAACGACUUUUUAUCAUACAAGAUAUGAUAGUCAAUGCCUGUAUGACUGAUGCACAACAAAUAUCAAGUGGAAGUUUGUCAGAAGGGCUUGAUUUACCAGGUAGUGACAUGGAUAUUAUGCACGUGUACCAUAAAGCAGACGUUAUACCGAAUGACAAGAGCAUCAGACAACCUAUACAAAAUGACACAUAUGUUAUGGAGACAGAUACUGAUUUUCCUGGAUUUACUAGACUCCGAAUGGUAGCAAGACUUAAUGAGAAUUCAAUAAAUUUAAUAUGUUUAGAUUGUCCACCACGUACAUAUACGUGUAAAUGCUAUAUAGAAAUAGAUAGAUUUCAUAACUUAUAUACGGAACGGUUCCCUAAUUUGAAGGGAGUUAUACACGGUCCAUGCAUAACAGAUCAAAAACAGACAAUUGAUGUAGUAUUAUGUCUACAUAGUACAUAUCUACCGGACAACGCAAUUGCAUGGGCAUCCCGUCAUCGAUUGCAAUGGCCCCCUAAUUUUGUGAUAGAGAGGAUCCUAAAUUACGGAUGUUUAUUAGUACCUAUAGGACCAAAAACUGUACAAAUGAGAAAUAAUCUAUGGAGAUUGUCUUUCUCUGUGGCAGAAAAAAUACUUGUACAUUCGUUUGAUUUUACUCAACUCUUAUGUUACGGUCUACUCAAAUUAUCAUUAAAGCGAAUAGUUAACACAAACAAUGAUGCUAAAGAUCUAUUAUGUUCUUAUUUUCUUAAGACAGCUUUAUUCUGGGUUUCGGAGGAAGUAGAUAUUGACAUAUUUCAAUUAUCUAAAUUGUAUUUUUGCUUUUCUCUUUGUCUUGAUAAAUUAAUCUCAUGGGUAAAAGCAUGUUGCUGUCCGAACUAUUUCAUACCUGAACACAAUAUGUUUCUAGGAAAGAUCAAUCAGAUUAACAAUAAUAUACUACUACAUGUACUUGAGAGUGUAAAAUAUGGAGGAAUUGAUGGAUUGCUACAUAAUUUAUUUCGGCCAGACAAUCUCUGUUCGUUAGGUACACUUAGUGAAUCAUCGUUCGUUCUGCUAGACUUUCUACUUUUUAGAAAUAAGACUUACAUGACAGAUACGAUAACAAGUGCCAUUUCAAAUUGCUAUAAAGCUGGUUUAUGUUGUAAAUCUUUACUAAAGUCUGAAUCAUCUACGUUUAUAAAUGAUGUUUGUAAAUUUUUUAAUAAUACUAUCAGUCAUGAAAUAGCACAACGACUACCGCCACCAAAUACAAUGGAUAAUAACAAACGCAAAUGUUAUCAUACAAAUUUCAAACACAUUAUCAAGAUAGAUGCAGUGUCGGGUUGGUUAUUAUAUGCGUCGCUUUAUUAUGUUACAAGACAGUACAAUGCAACACUCGAAAUAACGGAUUAUGUUCUAUCAAAAUGGUCACCACAUAUGCUGUUUAUAGACUCUGACGUCAACAAUGACAUGUUUAAACAGAAAAUUAUUUACAGACAAAAUGUACAUGCUUCAAUGACAUUAAAUGAAAGGCUGACAAUAGCAACUGCACAACAUGUCCAUUAUUGUCAGCACUCAUCAUUAAUACCAGAAGAACUACAGCUGGAAACAGAAUUCGGAGAUAUGAAUAUACUACCAAAUAUAAUGUCUCGCUGUCUUAGAUUUUUAUGUUAUCAUCAUCUUGGCUAUAUAUCUAAUCGACAACGUGCAUUACGUGAUUUAUAUUCAACAGUGAAAGAUAAAUCAUGUAGGUCAUUAAAUACAGAAUCCAAUGCAUUAACAAUUCUUGGAGUAUGUUGCGAAAUAUCAGGGGAUAAAGACAUGGCCUAUCAGUGUUAUGAUGAAGCUUUGCAAAGUGACCACCAUGUAUGUCCGUCAGCAGACACAAGAAGAUCAAAACUUUUUGACCUAAACUUAUAGCAUCAACAGCAAAUGGAAACUAUGUUAUAUUAUAUUAGCAGAUCAAGAUACUCUAUAUCUGUGUUAUCUUAACUUGCAUAAUAAAAUUUAACAGAG